AUGGCAACAUUAAAUCAUCUUCAACGGGAUGCUGCACGGUUACCAGAUGUUCUUCAUUCAUUUGCAUAUUUUAUGCAAUUAUAUAAAAAUAAAUCAGAUAGGUUUAGUAAAAAUAUGGUUCAGCGUUUAGAAACAUGGUGGAGUCAAUGGAAACAACCCUUGUUGCUUCUUUCUUUUUUUCUUCACCCAGCAUAUCCAUGGUUUAAAACCAAACCAGUCAUUAUAUUAUCAGAAUUUUCAAAAUUUAUGGCAAAAGAAUAUCCAUUUGAUGAUGAAACGGCUUCUAACUUUGCCAACAUUCAGGAGUAUUGGGAUUUUUCCAUAGGUGCUACAAAAGAAUUAGGCAUGCUUGCAAUCUGUUUAUUCUCAAUUUGUAUUAAUUCUGCAUCAUGUGAGCGUCUAUUUUCAACAAUGGGCUUUUUUCACAACUCACGACGCACCAGAUUACUGCUUGAUAAAGUUUUUUCAAUGGCACAAAUGCGAGCCGAAAUUAAGUAUAAACGUAUAAUUGAAGCAGCAAAAUCUCUAGAGCAAAAUAUAUUAGCAAACAUAAAUAUUAUAUAUAGUUCUGAUGAUCAUAGACACAAACAACCAAAUUCUCACGAUAUUGAACAAAAAAGUUCUGAUGUUAUAGAUUUAGAAAGUUCUGAUGUUAUAGAUUUAGAAAGUUCUGACAUUAUAAAACUAGAAACUAACAAAAAUGAAGAAAUGAUUAUUGAAGAUGAUUCCGAAUCAAGUGUAGAUGAAGAUAUUAGUGAAGAAUGGAAAGCAGUUCUUAAAGAAUGGUCUGAGGGUCUUAUUUCCGAAGAAGAAAGCAUAGAAGAAUAUGAAAAUUUGUUUGGAACGGAUGAAUUGGAAAAAACAGAGGAAACAGAAGAUUUAUCUUUCAACGAAUUAUUAAUAGGUUUGAAACAUCCUGCAGAUGACGUCAUGGAAAAAUGGAAACUUGCCAAUUUAUUUGAUUUCGAAUUUUCAACACUCUCAUCUAUAAAAAAUCAGAUAAAAAUUCAAGAUGAUUCAAAAUAA